UGCGCAUGCGCGACUUUUUAGGGUAUUUCCUUGACUCUAAAAGUAGUAGAGCUCGCCAUCUUAGGGAAGUUAGGGUGGAUUUUUGUAUCCAUUCGACCACCGACAUGGCGACCUUAUCGCUAAAAGUUUACAUUCUUGGGGCAGAAAACAAAGUUAUAGCAGAUACAACUCUAAAAUUCGAUCCAUCGACCGAAGUUAUUGAUGCCUGUAUGACUGUAAACAGACAAGUGCCCCAGAAUGUACAAAUCAAUGCCCAGGAUUAUGGUCUGUUUUUACCGGACGAUGACGAAAAGAAAGGAAUAUGGUUAGAUCCUUCACGUAAUUUGGACUAUUAUAUGUUGCGAAAUGGGGAUGAUAUUCACUAUCGCUGUAAAAUACGCCUAUUAAGAGUUCGAAUGUUGGAUGGAAGUGUAAAAUGUUUAAAAGUGAACGAUACAUUAACUGUACAAAAUCUAAUGGUCCCGAUAUGCACCAAAAUUGGAAUUGCAAACCACGAUGAAUAUUCUCUUGUUCGUGAAUUAAAAGACGAGGAACUAGAUAAAUUCAUGAGUCUACGAAAAGGACAGAGUAUAGCAAGGGAUCAGGAAAAGCUGGAUAAGAUGAAGAAAAAGUUACAAACAGAAGACGAAGUUCCUUGGCUGGAAUCCGAUCAAACACUCAGAGAACAGGGCGUUGGCGAUAACGAAACACUUUUACUUAAGCGUAAACUAUUCUUCUCGGAUCGUAACAUUGACGUUCGCGAUCCCAUACAGCUGAAUUUAUUAUACGUUCAGACAAGAGAUUCUAUUAUCAAGAGCGCACAUCCUGUUACCGCAGAACAGGCUCUUCGCUUCGGUGGUCUACAAUGCCAGAUCCAAUUCGGAGAUAGUAUAGCUGAAAAGCCUUCCCGUUCUGGGAGUUCACUAAAGGACUUUCUUCCUAAAGAAUAUGUGAAAGCAAAAAAUGCAGAUAAGAAGGUAUUCGCUGAGCAUAAGAAGGCCCGAGGUCUAACUGAGUUAGAAGCGAAAUGUAAAUAUGUUCAAGAGGCACGUUCUUUGAAGACCUACGGUGUAACCUUCUUCUUAGUUAAAGAGAAACAGAAAGGAAAAAAUAAGCUAAGACCCAUUCUUAUCGGUGUUACCAGAGAUGCCGUAUUAAGAAUGGACGGAAAAACUAAGGAAAUGAUAGAAUCUUGGCCUUUGGAACAUGUCAAAAAUUACGCAAGAACUCCUCACGGAUUUAUGCUAGACUUUGGUGACUAUGCUGACCCCUAUAUUGUUCAAACUCAAGAAGGUGAAAAGAUAGCUAAUCUGAUAAAUGGCUAUAUAAACAUAAUAAUACGUAAGAAGAAAGACGGUGAUUACGCAGGAGAUGAUAGCGAUGUAUCAGUCGUAAUUGCCGAAGAUGAAGUUGCACCGUCAUCAGCUACGAUCAUACAACAGAAUUCAACACAACAGCAUACUGACUUAUCAUCUGUUGCCAAACCUGUCGUUAUUGGUUCAGCCCAACAAUUACAAAGUGCCCAACAUGGUCAAUUGGCGGGAGCUCAACAUCAAACAGAACAUCGACGAGUUCAUAUAUCAAAUUUCGGUGUUGCCGACGGUGAAUAUGAUGACGAAAAUGUUGUCACAACGGCAGCUCAAAGAGCCUUACUGGGCACUAUUAAUCUAGGAUUAAGAGCGGUACAGGAUGCCCGCCAGCAACUCGGACAGCGAGCCGAGAUACCACAAAUUGGAAAUGAUAAAGCAUCUUUGGCCUGGAAGAGAGAAGAAUUGGAAAUGUCUAAGCAAAAGAUACAUGCAAGUAUGAGCGCCAUAUCAGCAGCAACAGCUAGGAUAUUGCGCGCUUAUAGUGAAAGACCAAGAGAUGAUUCUAAAUUGGGCGAGGCUAUUAAUACCAUAUUGUCGAAUGUAAGAAUGAUGAGUAGUGGGGCACAAUCGAUAGCUGCCUUGAAUGAUAAUCAAGAGAAAGGUGAUAAAUUAUUAUCCGCCGCUCAAAAUCUAGCUGACGCUUUUACGGAUUUGCUAAAGAUAGCCCAGCCCGGAACGGAUGAGCCACGUCAGAAUGUUGUGGAAGCCACAUCACGUAUUGGUGAAUCGACAACUGAUGUUUUGAAAUAUUCGGAGGUACAUCAUUUGGAGGCCUAUGAGGAUACGUUAAUGAAUAUUGCUAAGGCGGUAGCCAACGCCACUUCGAAUCUUGUUUUACGGGCUAAGGAGGUAUCUAAUUCUACCAAGGAUCAGAACUCCCGUGAUACUAUCGUUAAGAAUGCAACACAAUGCGCUUUAGCUGCUUCCGACUUGGUAGCUUGUACUAAAGUUCUCGCUCCAACUAUGCACUCUCCUCAAUGCGCCAAGCAGUUAGAAAUAUCAACAAGUCGAGUUGGAGAUCACGUGAUAACUUUAACAGACUGUUCGAAAAGAUGUAACGAUGUCGACGAGCACAAGCUAGCAGAGUUGAAUGAGGCUGGUGUGGACGUUAUCAGAACUUUGCACGAUUUAAUGAAUCACAUUCAAGGAGCUAGUGCAGAUGGUGGUGAAGAUGAAACAGAUACCGUUGAAACGAUUCUCAACGCGUCUGAAAAAUUACAUGAGAGUGUUGGUAGGAAUCAAAAUGAGACUUUAAGACAAGCUCAAUUAUUGGCCAAGGCUACGUCACAGCUAGUAACAGCUCUAAAAACGGACGCUGAGGCGGAUAACAACGGUGAUGAACAGCGCAAGUUAUUAGGAGCGGCUAAGCAGUUAGCCGAUGCAACUGCCAGAAUGGUGGAGGCUGCCAAGGGCUGCGCUUUAAAUCCAGAGAAUAAUGAACACCAACGUAAAUUGAGGACAGCCGCAGAGGAUGUUAGAACAGCUACAACAGUGGCAAAUAUAGGUGUUUCAAAAAGAUCAUUGAGAAGAUUGGAGAUUGCUGCUCGUAAUGCUGCUGAUUCAUUGGCUCAAUUAUGCAAUGCUGCUCGGGUCUCUAGCCGCAGUCAAAGUAAUGCUUCCGUCCAUCAGGCUUUGGCCCGACAAUGUUCGAUCGUUAGUAAAAGUUCCAUUCCGGACGUUGUGAAAGCUCUUCAACAGACAGCUCUCUCGCCAUCGAAUGAUUAUCCCUUGAUUAAUUCUUCCAGAUUGCUCCUUGAAGAGGGUAAUAAUCUGGUUGAUUGUGCUAAUUCAUCGGUACCUACUAUUACAAAUGAAAGCUCAGCGCUUAGUCUAACAGGAGCUGCUUCCGCUUUAUCGCAAGCAUUAGCCGAGUUACAAGCUGCUCUUACAGCUCAUACAGGACUCCCUCGUCUUGUGUCAGAUGAAAUUCAAGCGGCAUUAAAUACCCUCUAUUCUUUAAGAUCGGAUUUACAGGGUACUAAGAUUGCGGCAUCUCAAAGUGCUCUUCGGCCUUUACCAAGAGAGAACGAUGAGGAAGCCAACGAACUUUUAGCUGACGCCUCCAAGGCCGUUGCCAGUUCCAUAGCUCAGUUAUUAUCAGCGGCUUCGCAAAAUAACGAGAGUCACGUCGGCUCAUCUGCUCGUGAUUCCGUUGCUGAAUUGAGUAGAUUCUGUCGGGCAGCAAGAGAAGUUGCAGCAACUGCACCUGAUAGACAAACUUGUGAUGAAAUGCUUGAUAAAGCGUUAAUUAUACUACAAGAAACGUGUCAAUUACUUGAGGAAGCAAAGAAUGGUUCCAAGAUCGAUCGAUUAAAAUUAGCAGCUGGUAAUGUACACCAUGCUCUUGAAGAUUGUGUAAAUUCCUUACCUGGUUUAAGAGAUGUGCAAACGGCCCUUGAGCAAGUAUGUGUUAUUGAAAAGCGGCUAACUGGUAGAAAGGUUACUAGGAGUAAAGUCCAAACAGCCGAAUUACAAAAACAACUAGAUUCUUCAGCAAACACCCUUAAUAAGGCUGCGUCAGACGUAGUCUCUUCAGCUAGAUAUGCUCCAACCAAGGAUUUACCCAAUUCAGCCAAGAGAUUUAGCGCUGCUUAUGAGGGUCUAGCAAAUGCAGGAAUAAUGGUUGCGGGUACAGUUGAUGAUGCAGAACACCAAAGAGAUAUAAUCGCUGGCAUUAGAGGAGUAGGAAACACUUCAUCAAGACUACUUCAAGCCGGUCGAUCAGUUAUGACAAGACCAAACGCACCUAAUAUAAAGAAUCAACUAAUGCAGGCGGCCAGAGCUGUUACAGAAUCCGUUAGUGGUUUAAUAACCACCGUUAGACAAUCAGCCGCCCACCCAGGUCAGCAGGAAUGCGAUGCUGCUCUUAGUCGUUUAAAUAUGGCUAGGAAUUUAUUAGACUCUCCAAGUGAACCACUCAAAGAUACAACUUAUUUUGAGUGCCUAGAUCACAUAAUGAGAGAAUAUGCAUCAGCUCUUUGUAGUUAUAUGUCGUCUGUACCAAAAACGGCUAAUGGUAGGGAAGCAGAAAACUUUUGCGCAGCUAUUCGAGGUGUCGCUGGAACGAUUUGUAGCAUUACUGAACUGGCUGCCCACUCAGCUUACAUAUUAGCUGUCUCCGAUCCGUCAUCGACCCCCGGCAAACGGGGUAUUAUUGAUCAAGCCCAUUUAUCCAGAUCGGCGUAUUCGAUCCAACAGGCCUGUGAACUCCUUUGCAGUCCGGCACGUGUUACACAGCAGCAGAUAUUAACAGCGGCUACCGAUGUUGCGAAACAUACGUCUACAGUUUGUACCUUGUGUAGAGAGGCGUCUGAAAGGACUUCUGAUCCAGUUGCGAAGAGACAUUUUGUGCAAUCGGCGAAAGAUGUCGCUAAUGCUACUGCAAGUUUGGUAAAAGCUAUUAAGAAAUUAGACGCAAAAGCAACUAAAGAAAAUCGUGAUCUAUGUGCGAAUGCAGCGGAACCUUUGAUCAGAUCUGUUAGUCAAUUAAUGACCUAUGCCGAUUCUCCACUAUUUACUUCACGAAGUGCUAAAAUUUCCAAAAAUGCUGAAACCGUCCAAAAACCUAUUAUAACAGCAGCGUCAUCUCUUUUGGACGAAGCUUGUUAUUUGGUUGUUGCCGCAAAAGAAUUAGCAGUGACCGAGUUGAAAUCAGAGAUGUUUCAACCCUAUUCCAAUCAGAGUAGUAAAGUCUCAAACUCUCUCAAGGAUCUUAUGACAUCAAUGAAAGAUAGUGCUCCAGGUCAAGUAGAAAGUGCCAUGGCAAUUGAUGCAAUUUGUGGAGCUUUACGACAACUCGACGCCUAUUCGGUAUCGAACGCUGAAAGACCACGACUAGGCAGUCGUUCAAAGAAUGACGAAUUAAUGCUAAGGACCACAAAAGUGCUAUCUGAUAAAGUCAGAUCUACUGCGAUAGCCGGUCACAAUCACCCUGAGCAAAUAGGUCAUGAAUUAGCAGCGGUUGCAGACCUUGUUAGGUCAUUGGUCCAAGCUUGUACGACCGUAUCUGCCAAAUCUUCAAAAGAAUAUUAUCAAUUGAUGGAGGAGACAAAAACUGUAGUCGAGAGUACUUUACAAUUGGCCCAAACAGUUAAAGAGUGUGGCGGUAACGCUAAUGCGCCUCUUGAGUUCCACGAAGCGAUCGAUGAUUCGGCAAAGAACUUAAAUGAGUCCAUAACAGAUCUGAUGGACACACUGCAAAAUACAGCCUCUUCUUACGGUCACGUUUCAUCCUUGAUAGAGCAGAUAGCUAAAGCUAUAUCCAGAACGGAAGAGCCUUUAGCAGUUGGUGAAAAUAUCAGCUUUGCACAAUUUCAAACAUCAAUGGUUCACCUCGUACAAGCUAUUGUUCGAAGUGCACAUGAUAUGAAUGCAAAGACAGUAAAUGGAAAUGUUCAGGAUUUAGGAGGUUUGGUCCAUUCAAUAACUCGAGAUUUUACUGCUUUAGCCCAAGAAUCUCGAGGAGCAGUAGCCACUAGCUCUAGUCAACAAAACGCCAUUUCCCUAAGAUCAGCAAUACAACAGUUAGGAACUGCUUGUAUUGAUCUUGUGCAGGCUGGCGGCAACGUGACGGCGCAUACCAGUGACCAACUAGCCAAAAACGAGCUCUCCAAGCACGUUAGGGUCGUUGCUGAACGAGUUGGCAGGGUUCUAAGGGAAUUGAGGGUAGGUGCCAGGGGAACUGAAGCUUGUAUACAUGCAGCUAGUACAGUUUCGGGCCUAAUCGCCGAUUUGGACACUACCAUUAUGUUUGCAACAGCCGGCACUUUAGCUCCAGACAAGGGUGGUGAAACUUUCAAAACUGAAAGAGAUGCCAUACUUCGUACAGCGAGAAUGCUCGUUGAUGACACCAAAUUAUUGGUAGGAAGCGUUGGAGGCGAACAGCAACAACUUGCUGAUGCCGCAAGAGCAGCAGUUACAACAAUUUCAAAAUUAGCGGAUUGCGUAAAAAGGGGAGCAGCAGCGCUUGGUGCCGACCAACCGGAAGCACAAGCUCUUCUCUUACAUGCCAUAAAGGAUGUAGCGACUGCCUUAUCAGAGUUGGUAUCAGCGACUAAACAAGCAGUGGGACGAAAUGAAAACACACAAAGUGUUGGAUAUCUUAAAGACUCUGCCAAGCAAAUGAUUGAAAAUAUAACCCAACUUUUAAAGACUGUAAAAACUGUAGAAAAUAAAGCAGCCAGAGGAACUAGAGCUUUGGAGGCAACUCAAGCAGCAAUUGAAACUGAAUUACGUAAUUUCGCUUCAGCUCAGCACGUUGAGCAAAGAAUUUCGCCAGACCAACUCAUAAGGUUAACACGCCCUAUUACAUCAGCGACAGCGAAAGCCGUAGCCGCAGGCAAUUCCGGUUUACAAUCCGACGUUAUCGAAGCAGCGAACGCAGGGAGAAAAGCAAUUAUAGACGUCCUAAAAGGAGCUAAGGGCGCGGCCAAUUCUGCCUCCGAUAGCGAAUCAAGGGAAAGAGCGUUAAGAGCAGCUAAAAAUUGCGCCGAAAGUUAUCACAAAUUAUUGACCGUCUUGGACGUGGUCUUACAGCAACCAGGCGUCAUAGAACCAAGGAAACAGCUAGCGGAAACGUCAAAACGAGUUGCCAGUUCAAUAACUGAAAUAGUAACUGCUGCCGAAACCAUUCAAGGUCGGUAAAAAAUUUACAUAGCAUCAACUAAACAUGGUUUACCUAAACAAUCUGAACAUUAAGAUUUAAUCACUAAUGUCAGAGAAUAAUAAAAAUAAUAAUAACAUUAACAAAUAAAUAAUAAAAUAAUAAAACAAAAAACUUCAGGGCCAGAUGAUAGAAGAAUGGCUCUUUCAGGUUUCUCAUAAAAACUCUGUUGUAUUUGGAGAUGUUGUUUACUCUUAUUUUUGUACACUUUGAACGAAAAGAUGUCUCUGUUUUCUUUUACUUUUUAGCACGUCAUCGAUAUUUAGCAAUAGCAUUAAUGUGGUUUCUUUUUUAAUUGUUUUUAUUUAUGAAAUGUUUGACUAGGGCGAAUCAGAGACGCUAUGUUUCUAUUUAAUUCUUCACCGAACAGGUUCCGAUUGGGUAGAUCCAGAUGAUCCAAUUACUGUUGCAGAGAAUGAGUUACAGAAUGCUUCGAACGCCAUUGAGAUGGCAGCAAAAAAGCUUUGUCAAUUGAAACCUAGAGAACAGACGAAGGUAUGAACUGCUUUCUGCCCUUUUCCCAACCCCCGCCGGUCCCUUCCUUUCUGUUACUUUAUACUUACCUAUACCUUAUCUACAUACUGCGCGCCACCUAUCAUAUAUUUUUUUAUAACUUAAUUAUACAAUGCUUGCUUUAGUCUAACAAAGUCUUCUUAACGCCUCUUGAUAUGUUUGGUAUAUUUGGUGGUUUCUCUAUCACAUCACCAAGUAUCGAACAUGUCCUGUAGCGUUUCGAGCGAGCGACAAUUCGAUUCGUUUCCUCGUUAUCCUCCUUUUUUGAGACUCCCUUUUCCCACUUCCCCACUUACCCUCUCCUAUCCUCCAUUACUGGUAAUUUCUCCCUUUUUAGGUCGUCGACGAAUCGAUGACAUUUGACGAACAAAUUUUAUCGGCCGCUAGAAGCAUUAUAGAGGCAACAUCAGCACUGAUAAAGGCAGCGACCUUUGCUCAGAAGGAAUUAGUGGGUCAAGGGCGCAUGCAGGAUACAGGUGACGAGGUUGAAGAAACUGGACAGUGGUCACGAGGUCUUCAAUCAGCUGCAAAGAUGGUAGCCGAUGCUGCCCAUAGGCUAUGCGAGGCAGCUCAGGCCCUUGUCGCUGGUUCCGGCUCUGAAGCUCAUCUGACAUCAGCAGCCAGAGCUGUGGCUUCGUCAACUGCGCAGUUAUUAUUAGCAUGCCGUGUCAAAUCAGACUUACAUUCAACCGCCAUGAAACGUCUUCAAGAGGUUGGUAAUGCUGUGAAGAGAGCUACAGACAAUCUCGUACAAGCGGCUAGAUCACAAAAUUCCGAAUGGACCUGCGAAACCAGCAGCGUUCAUAUUUCCAGUAGUCGAGUUGACGGUAUGGCCCAAUUAAUAAUGGCCCAGCAAGACAUAAUAGUCAAAGAAAAAGAGUUGGAACAGGCUAGAAAGAAGCUUGAGCAUAUUCAUAAGCAACGCUAUGGUCGAGCCGAUUAUGAUAGUAGCGACGGUUCGAGUUUUUAAAAAAAGGAAUAUUAUUAAAUUGGUGCUGUUGAUUUUCCUGAAAGUGUAAUUAGAGCCUUUUAAUUAUAAACAAUAUAUGCUAAGACACAGUUUAUUUUUCGAAUAUUUUACUAUUUAUUCUUAACUGCUGGAUAGAUGUGCAUGCUCUUCUGUGUCGCGCUUAUUGCUGAAUGUGUUCUUAUGCAAUUUUACACAAUUGCUUUAGCAAUGUAUACUUUCGGAAAUAUACAAACUAUUAGUUUUUACUU